CCAUGCCAGGUUUUUCAACAGACCACAGCUAGGUCCAGUUUUUUCCAUGUGGCACAAGAAGGGGCCUGUUCUUGCAGCAGAGAUACUACAAAAAUAAUUUGGAUCCACUUUAUGAACAUCUCUGUGUUAUUGUGAAAGCUGAGAGAACCCAGAGCACACAGGAAGUCUUCUUGAACUCAUGAUGUAAAGAAAGGGCGGUUCGGGAACUUCUUCAGAUAAAAACAUUCUGUAACCCUCAUCAAGUGACUGUGAGAGGAGCACCUCCGAACCAUGUCAUGUAACUUGGACCCCUACAUCUUCACCACUGACACCCUUCCCAGUGACCUCCGUUUCCUCCCUCCUCUUGCAAAUGGGCUCCUGGGCUGGAAGGUGUUCAACAACAUCAUGCACAUGGGUGGUGUUUACAACGGGGAGGCUGGACAUUGCCACAGAGCCGAUGUCCCCUGCCCUCUGGCUGUGAAGAUCGAGACAGAGGACCAUGCCCAACACAGCUACACCCUGGACACCCACACAGGUAUUUUCUCCCACGAUCUGAGAUCAUCCACUGUGACCGCCUCCCAGUCCCUGUAUUCUCACCGUUUUUACCCCAACAUCUUGGUGAUGGAGGUUCUGUUGGAGCGCCAUGUGACCUCAGAGGAGCCAGUUAUAGUUAAUUUGGUCAGUUCAUUCACCCCUCAGAGCAAAGACAUUCAGUUUGAGUGCUCUCCUGACUACAAAGGCGGAAGGCAUAUUCAAGGACAAACCUCCACAGCUGAAUUCCCAGGGGGCUCCUGUCCCACCGUCCACCUAAUCUGGACCCCUGUGCCUUCCACUCUGACGCUACCACCAGAGCAGACAAAAGCUCGCUGGGGGUUCAUCCUGGUCGUGGCCAACAGCUUGGAAGCUGCCAGGUCCAGCUAUGAUGAGGGCCUGAACCUGAUGGCGACUGGAAACCUUCGCCCGUCUCACGAGAAGGCCUGGAAGGAGCUGUGGCUCCAGAGCAAGGUUGAGGUAACAGGGUCCCAGACCCUCUGCAAAGCUGUUAUUGGCUGCAUGUUCUACCUUCUUAGCGCCUUCCCAUCCAUCCAUGACACCUCCAGCUGUUUUGGAGGGGUGAGUCCAGGUGGGCUUUCCAAUGGCGGAGAUGGCCAAGAUUACUGGGGUCAUGUUUUUUGGGAUCAGGAUGUUUGGAUGUAUCCAGGAAUAGCACUUUUCUACCCUAAACUUGCCCGAUCCGUGCUGGAGUACAGGGUUAGGACAAUAGAUGGUGCGAAAGACAACGCCCAGAAGCAGGGCUACAAGGGGCUGAAGUUCCCAUGGGAGAGUGCUGUGUCAGGGAGAGAGGUGUGCCCAGAGGACAUUUAUGGGCAACAAGAGAUUCACAUCAACGGAGAUGUCACGUUGGCCUUCCAACACUAUCUCUACCUCACUGAGGAUCUGUCCAUGUUCACAGAGGGAAAGGGCAGCGAGGUGAUCUUCGGCGUGGCUGAUUACUGGGUUUCCAGGGGGAUGUGGAACCCUGACGACCAGAAAUAUCACCUGAUAGGUGUUAUGCCACCAGAUGAAUAUUACUACAACGUCAACGACUCAGUGUACACAAACACAGUGGCCCAACUCAGUCUCCAGUUUGCUGUCGAGCUGGCUGAUCUUCUCCAACAUCCGGCACCAAAAGAAUGGCAAGAAGUUGCCAAGCGCAUCAACAUACCUUUUGACCAAGAGCUGCAGUACCAUCCUGAGUUUGAUGGCUACAGUAAAGGUCAACCAGUGAAACAAGCAGACACAGUAAUGCUGGGGUAUCCCCUUGGGGUGCCGAUGUCUCCGGAGGUUAGGAGGAAUGAUCUGGAAGCCUAUGAGCCAGUCACAGACCCAAAUGGGCCAGCCAUGACAUGGGGUAUGUUUGCAAUAGGCUGGCUGGAGCUGGGCGAAGCUGAGAAGGCUCAAACCUUACUUGAAAAAUGCUUUAAGAACAUCCAGGGGCCUUUUCAGGUAUGGAGUGAAUCAUCAGACGGAUCUGGAGCAGUAAACUUUCUCACAGGCAUGGGAGGAUUCCUGCAGGCUGUGCUGUUUGGGUACACGGGCUUCAGAGUUAAGAAGGAAUGCUUGGCCUUCUCCCCGCUGCUUCCGGAUGAGAACUGGGAACUGUGUGUCCGUGGGAUUAACUAUUUGGGCAAUCAGAUGGACUGGCUUAUCAGAAAAGAUGACAUCUGCAUCAUACUCAGGGAGCAGACUAGCCGAGCUGGAAACACUCACCCCCAUAAGCUGCAGGUUGUCCUGAAGGCAUCAGGAGCUAAAAUCCCUCUAACACCAGGGCAGCCGGUCACUUUUCCUGGAGAGGCCGGCUAUGUAUGUAAAAUGGAUCCCCCGUCUUCCUGCUGGCCACUUUAAAACAGGAGUUGGAUCAGUCCUCGUCAUUCCAUCAGCAGAAAGACAUGCAAAGUUAUUAUGUCUUUAAUAUGCGUCGUAUGUUUUCCAUUUUCAACACCGAACAUGGAAAAUUAUAUGUAAUAUUAUAAAAGGGCAAUAGGAGAUAAAAUGUUGGGAUUAUUUUUGCUUUUUCUAAGAGAACAUUUUCACAAAUGAUGUGCAAAAUGUUGUUUGGUUCAAUAAAAUAAGUUUGACAUUGUUUCUUUAA